UACAAAUUUUGAAGGAAUGUCAAUAACAUUACGUGUCUAUUAUGAUAAGAUCUCUAAAUUGGUGAAUCUGAGCUGGUUAAUGAAUCAUUAACUCUUCGAAAAAUGUUGAAAGCUGUUAUUUUAAUAGGCGGUCCCCAAAAAGGAACCCGGUUUCGACCACUAUCGCUCGAUAUACCAAAACCCCUGUUUCCCGUUGCCGGUCUACCAUUAAUACAACAUCACGUGGAGGCAUGUGCGGCUUUAGAAAAUUUGAAGGAGAUCCUGCUGAUAGGAUUCUACCCGGUAGCUCAAAUACAACAGUUUGUGAACGACAUGCAAAAACAGUACAAUGUAACCAUCAAAUACCUACAGGAAUUUAUAGCUUUAGGUACUGCAGGUGGUUUGUACCACUUCCGUGACCAAAUCCGAUAUGGAAACCCCGACGCGUUUUUCGUUAUGAACGGAGAUAUCUGUGCUGAUUUUCCCUUGGGGGAGCUGUACCGAUUUCAUAAGGAACAACCAGAAAAAUUCCAGAAAAAGGCGUUUGUGACAAUAAUGGGGACAGAAGCAACAAGGCAGCAGUCAUUAAAUUAUGGUUGUAUGGUAACAAAUAAAGAAACUGAUGAGGUUACUCAUUAUGUGGAAAAACCGAGUUCGUAUGUUUCUACGUUGAUCAACUGUGGAGUUUAUGUUUUUUCAUUAGACAUCUUUCACAUCAUUGCGGAAGCCUUUAAUGCUAAACAAGAAGAAUACUACAGAAAUGGUAACGGCAACCGUGAGACGGGCUACAUCCAGCUUGAACAAGAAAUUCUCUCCCCCUUAGCCGGGACGGGGAAAAUGUUUGCAUUACAGACCAACAACUGGUGGUCCCAACUGAAAACAGCUGGUUCCGCAAUAUACGCCAACAGACAUUACUUAGAAUUGUAUAAAUUGAAGCACCCCGAGAGAUUGUUUACUCCUAGCGGUGAAGGGAGCUGUAAAAUCAUUCCCGACGUGCACAUCGACCCGACGGCGUCCAUUCAUCCCACUGCUGUGCUGGGACCAAAUGUCAGCAUCGGACCCGGAGUCACAGUCGGGCCCGGCGUAAGGAUAAGAGAAAGUAUAAUCCUGGCGAACGCCACCAUCGAGCCGCGCAGUUUGGUUAUCCACAGCAUAAUCGGCAGGGGGUCCAGGGUAGGUCAGUGGGCAAGAGUCGAGGGAACCCCGUCGGAUCCCGAUCCCAAUAAGCCCUUUGCCAAGAUGGACAAUCUACCCCUCUUUAAUAGCGACGGGCGAUUGAAUCCCUCCAUUACAAUUUUAGGUUGCUCGGUGAGUGUACCUUCCGAAACCAUCCUGUUAAAUUCUAUCGUUCUUCCAAACAAAGAACUAUCUAGGAGUAUAAAAAAUGAAAUUAUUCUGUAAAUUUAAGAUGUGCAAUUUUUUAUUAUCUGUUACAUUUUUCCUAUUUUAUAGAUAUUUUUAUACAUCACAGAAAUGUACUAUAGUAUAUUCAGGAUGGACUCACAAUUUUAAUUGUUUAUUUUUUAUAAGUAUUUGUAAAUGUCAUAUUUUAUUAUUUUUUAUAUUAAUCGGUAUAUAUUUCAACUAAUAGCUUUAAAAUACAGUCAAUUACCUUUA